UACUGUUGACGUUUGAGGUCUCUUAAUUGAGUGGAACGUAACGCGCGUCGAGAACAACGUAGUUUCUUUUCGUGAAUGGCUCUUCAACGAUAGUGAAAGUUACGUUUGACAGCGAAUUUGCAUACAAUUAUAGCAGUGCCAUUGUAAGUCGUCACUAUAGAUACUCCCAAGUUUCAUGCCAUAGUAGUGAUAUAGCUAGAGUUUCCCUUUGCGACAAUUUUUUUUUUUUUUUAAGAAAGUACGUCUUCAUUUCGCAGCGUGCCACUGAUUUGUGUCAUUUAUUGUAAAACUGGUAUGGAACAAGUAUAAACGCUGAUGCGAUGACGUUUGUACGCGUCUGAAAUUCAACGUCAUCGUACAGUGAUGGCUGCGAGAGGUGUAACAUCGCGAUUAAUGGCAAUUUUAAUGCCUGGCUCGUGUAUGGAAAUUUAAUCGUACAGAAAUCAAGGCGCAGCCCGAUGAAAAACUUACAUAUUCUCGACAACGUUUCGCUAACGACACACAACUUGGUGAUUUGAAGCGCUCGAGUGCGCUUGUUGAUAUUUCUCGUAAAUAAACCAAGUUUAUCCAGUUAAUGAACGAUCAUUAUGCCAUCAAGGAAUAAUCAGGAAAGAUUGCCGCCGACGAUGCGAUUCGACAAAUGUAUGUGAAUGUUACUGACAAUCGGAUCUUCGUAAUUGGCCAAAGUUUUAACAACGAUAGCGAACCCAUGCAUUCCUCUCGUUAAACAAUCAUUACUGGAUGAUACGCGCAUCGUUUGUCGACCGUAAUGACAAACAUAUAUACAGGAAUGUAUCUAUCAAAUUGAAGUUUAACACGUGUACACGAGACUCUCAUGUCUCAUUAUCGAGAGAUCCUUACAUUGUCAGAGUUAACAACGAUAAACUGGCUCAGGUUUGAUCUCCGAGUUCCUUUCCAAUUGGACGAUGGCGAGCUCAUGGAAAUUCCAACAUUAAGAUUAACCGAUAUCUCUGGUAACUUCCGAUAAUUGGUCGCGGAACGGACGAGAUUUUACGACGAAAGAAGGCUCUAUGUACUCGCGUCCGUACUCACUUGGCCACUGUCGGUGUCUGGCUGUUACCUAUCAGCGGCUGGCGACUAUCUCGUCAGAUCUGCGCGAGUCCCGACGAGCAAGGUAGCGGGUAUCAUCAACUCUGGACUCCGGAGUCCACCAUGUCCGUCUUGGAAGCCGGUGAAGCUGACCGGACGACGACGAUGUCACCGCUGGACGAGGUCGUAUCCCCGACGAGCGUCGAGUCGGAACUGAUGGUCACCGACAUGUUGGACGAGCACGAGGCUGCGCUUAACGAGCACAGCAAGCGUAAGAGAGACACGGACGGCGAUGAAUUGACGCCAAGGAAGCUGCCAUCGCUCACAAGGAACAACAAUGAGGUCGGGUUUGUCCUCGAGGGAAGUCCCGACGACGAGCUGCAAGAGGACAGGGACGACGACCGUCUGACUGGUCAUGGGGGCAUCUCCUCGCUGGGCGGCGGGAAUUCGUCGCCCUAUUCCGGUGCCCAUCACCACGGACACCGGGGAAACGGAAAUGGGGGCGGUAUGCCCCACCACGGGGGCGCAUCGUUGCCAACCGCCUCCGACUUCCAACCCCCUUACUUUCCACCCCCGUUUCCUUCGCAUCAUCACGCGCCCGCUAGCCCCCAGCAUCCCGGUCUCGGCCAACCGCAACACCUGGAUUACCUCGUCGGUGAUCCUUAUACGCAAACGCUCAACACACUACACCAACACCACUACAAUCACCUGAGCGCUGCCGUCACCGCGGGCCAAAGAAGCGGUGAUCUCAGGAGAGACGCCGAAGGGAUUCACGUGACGAACAUGCACGCGUCUUUCCCAUAUGACGGCGGACGCAGUAGUGGCGGAGGCGGCGGUGGCGGAGGCGGCGGCGGCGGCGGCGGUGGCGGCGGUGGAAGGGGCGUCGAAUAUGGCGCCGUACGUCGUCCUGACGCCCUCCUACCGCCUCCGGGCCUCGACCAGACCGACCUCGUUCUACACAGCAGCCUCGUUGACGACCCCCAGGUGAGCGACGAUAACACAAACGUGGACGAUGGAGGGUUCAUGAACGACCUGCCACUAUUAAAAAAUAUGAAACCUUCGGACAGGAGCGAGAAGGCUAUGUUGACCGGAAACGCGCAACCAUCGGACGUAUUCUGUUCGGUUCCAGGACGAUUAUCGUUACUAAGCAGCACCAGCAAGUACAAAGUUACGGUAGCGGAGGUACAAAGACGACUGUCGCCACCGGAAUGUUUGAACGCGAGUCUCCUCGGUGGCGUGUUACGAAGGGCGAAAUCCAAAAAUGGCGGGCGUCUGCUUAGGGAAAAACUGGAAAAAAUUGGUUUGAAUCUACCAGCCGGUAGAAGGAAGGCCGCCAACGUCACGCUCUUAACUUCUUUAGUGGAAGGAGAAGCCAUUCACCUUGCCAGGGACUUCGGCUACGUUUGCGAAACCGAAUUCCCUGCGAAGCAAGUCGCCGAAUACCUUAGUCGGCAGCAUUGCGAACCACAAGACUCCUACAGGAGAAAAGAACUUCUUCAUGCCACCAAACAAAUCACCAAAGAGCUGAUGGAUCUUCUGAACCAGGACAGAUCGCCGCUCUGCAAUACGCGGCCACAACACAUCCUCGAUCCCAGUAUACAGAGACAUCUCACACAUUUUUCUCUCAUAUCACACGGAUUCGGAAGUCCUGCGAUUGUGGCCGCUUUAACGGCUAUACAGAAGUUCCUAAGCGAGUCUUUGAAUCAUCUAGAGAAGAUGUAUCCCGGGAACGGUAGCGGUGUGACGAGCAGUCAACAGUCGAAUCUCGACUCCAACAAAAGCAAGGAAGGCGCGCUGAUGAACGACAUGAAGAAGUGACGCACAGAAGACC